AUGGCUCUGAGCACUGAGCAAGCUCUGGCACUGCUACUGAUCUUAAACAGCGCUCACCUCACAGCAGUUUAUUGUCUCUUCUCUCUCAUUCCUGUAGCUUGCCCUCCACUAGACCGUGUUGCUGUCUCUGGCUCAGCUGGGGGGAGAGCAGUGCUGCCCUGUUCUUACACCCCCACCCCUGGGCAGGAUGUAGAAGUCACAUGGUAUGCAUAUCCAGAUCAGGUGGAUCCAGAUCUAUUAAUCGCCUCAAAGACCCCUUCAGCACCCAUCUCUGCACAGUGGAGCGGCCGAGUGAAGCUGUCUGAUGAAGUCUCCUCUGGAAACGCCUCUCUGCUAAUCUCUGAGCUCAGACUGGAAGACACUCUGGAUUACACGUGUACAGUGGGGAUCAAUGGGAUAUGUGUCACUUUCAGGGCUGUCAAUCUGACAGUUCAAGAACCUCCAGAAAGAGAUUCAACUACUUCAGGAACAACAACGACCACAACCCCGACAACUAGACCAUCAGCAACUCCCGCUAUCCUCUCUGCAGUAGCCGUCUCUGCUGUCAUCGGCAUCAUCAUAGGUGCUGCAGUCUUUGUCAUUUUAAAGUACAAAAGGAGAGCAGCGAAUGCUAAUGGGAAUAACCAGAAUGCUGGAGAUCACAAUGCGAGCUCAGACUUGCUUACCUACGCUGUAAUUGAUCACACGAGACAGCGGGGAGGAACCCCAGUCCGGUCAGGGGUCAGUGCUGUGGACAAUACGGAGUACUCCACUGUCCGGAUCCACUGAUAGGACACGUCUCACCCAGCCACCAGGGAUACAAGAGAGCUUCAACAACAAGAUGAACCAAGGACUUGACUAACAUUGAUUUACUGCAGCGCUUCAAUGAAUCAUACCAACUCUGAUGAGAACAAUAAACACAGCGAGCCACUAACAAGCAACCACCUGACAUUCUUAAUUUGAUCUGAACCAUUUCACUGCCACUGUAGGUUUGCUAGCUGUCUUCUCUCAUCCUUGUGGCAGCUGUGAUGUACCUUUAAUGCUUAUCUCCUCAGACCAUGUGGAAUAUUAAUAAAGAUCGCCAUCGCUGCUUUGAACUGGGGUUACGUUGCUGUUCUUCUAUAAAGAAAAAGUACAGGGUUUUUAUUUAAGCCAAAGGGGGCUGAAUGGCUGAGCAAGCUGCGGGAAUGUCUUGUUUAAAAACAAGCACUACGUUAACCCAGGUUUUCCAGGACGUUUAAGUCUGUUUUUGCUACAGUUACGAUUUCAAUGGUAACUUAAAUGUAGCCUUUCCCAUUUCUAGUACUGUUUCAAAGACUUUAGAACUAUAACACUAUGAGUAUUGCUUCUCUGUGCUGUAUCCUUGUAUUAUUCACCAGAUCGAGGCUGUAGAUAGCAGGUGCACACAUUUAUUAAAAGACGAUUCUCUGCUCAGGGGUCCUAAGAUAUGCAUUGAUAUUUAAGGGCUAUGCACACCGGAAGUGAACGACGCGAGCGAUCGAAUUCGAGUCGAAUAAAGUCUGCAGCGCGCGAGCCAAGCGAACGACUCGAAUACAGCGCGAGCUCAUAAAAAAGACGAGACUGCAGCGCCAUGAAAAGAAAAUACUGUCUCCUUUUGUGAGACGAAAUCAAAUAAAUAAAACAAUGAAGGAGAGUCUGGGGACACAACACACUACAAAAAGGAAAUUUAACAGCGACUGUUUAUAUGAGAUCUGGAUUAACAUGUAAAGUAUUCAAAAAGAAUACAUCUGCAUAUAUUUAUUUGGAAAUACUGAAGAAAUUAGUUUAAUAGAAUAUACUUUUAUUGAUUUUCAGUUUUAAUAAAAUCUUCUCAGUUAUUGCGUGAAUGUAAUUAUUAUUAUUAUUGGUCAA